GCGGUCGUCGUUCCUCGACGUGCUCUGUAUAUUCUCCACGGCAGGCCCUGUUUUACUUGCCCUGCUAGCAUCCUGUGAUAUUCCCGCUGCACGUACCCCUCUGUACCUGCGUCUCUCGACGCGUCUAUGGCCAGUACCGAACCUACAACCUCGGCGUCGCAUUCUGAGGACCGACUCGAUGCAAACCACACAGACCUCAAGCCAACGAAGGACUUGACUGCUGCUGCGGACGGAGCUUCAGAUGCAGGCACGGGCCCUGCAGGACGCUCUCGGGACGCUAGUCCAGCUUCUCACUCUUCGGCCUCAGGAUUGUCUUCCAACAAGGGUGGCACUCAGUCCCCAGCUCCCUCUGGUUCCGCCAGUACGCCACCUCUGGGCAUGCCGCACCCGAAGAAAUUCAGCCAUGUCAAUAUCAACAAAAAGUUCCUGGAGAAGACCUCAUCCGCUUCUACUCCUACCCAUACACUCCCGGCCUCCUCUACGUCGAAGGCGGCGAACCCCAGCCAGAAAUCCGUGCCACAAACGACUACUCCUCAUCCGCGUUUGGUGACCGCGAAGCUAACAGCAAUGCCGCAACCCAGUAGCACGAGUGGCUGGUCCCGACCUUCUUCUGCUGUCCCUUCGGUUGCACCAACUCCCACUCCCGCCUCGAAUCUGAAAACGUCCUCGGGGCCCGCCACGUCGUCCACCUUAGCCUCAGUUCCCCCUCCCGGAGGCAAGGUCAUUCAGCCACAACCGCGAAACAGUCAAGAUACCCUCUUUACCAAGAAGGACGCGUCUGGGAAGCCUGUGUGGGGGAAUGCCAAAGGUGGCGCUCUUACACCCUUGAGUAGGGCGCAGGCUGACUUCCCGACUGCUGCGGAGGUCGCCCAAGGUCGUAUAGCCAAACUAUCGGACAAGACUGCAGCCAAUGAAGCUACUGCGCAGAAACAAGCCGCAGAAGCGGAUACCUUCCGUGGUGUGCAUUUGGACCCUAAUGCGCACCAUUGGGACGAGAUGGAAGAGGACGACGACAAUUUCCUGGAUGGUGUGAUUGAGUUCGGGGAUGGCAGGCAAUACAAAGUUCAGCCUAGUGAUGCACCACGAGCGACCUCAUCGCCAAAGGAUGCUGCUAAGUCGCUACCACCAGAAGACGCGCAUUUGUCCGGGCUCAGCGGCGCGCCAGAGCACCCUGUCAGUAAGGAGGACCGUUUCGCGGAUGAUUUCGACAGGAGCUGGCCUCGGUCUCGGCCAGGGAACCAGACAGCCAGCAUGUCCCGAGAGCAACGUUCCAACGGUACUGCUACUUCUCCCUCCUCCACAUCCGUCCACUCUCCCCAGGAAACGUCUCGCCAACUAUUCAACGAGCGCUCAAAUCGACUCGAGCCAUACUCUCACCAGCGCCACGGAGGCCCGGGGGGACCAUCGCACUUUAACCGGAGAGGUAGUCGGUCUGACUACCCAAUCUCGCCUACGGAAGUACGUCGGGAUGCGCCUCCCCACACGCACUCUCAAGGGGUCCAUCUCCUCCAGAAGGAUCCUAACGGGAGCGCUGCGGAUAGCCCUACUUUCUCCCGAGCCCCUGGCGACCGCCCGCCAUUAUCGCCAGCAGACUCCCGAUUCCGAGACCGCCAAUCCGGACGGCACGACCAUCCGCCAUGGCAGGGAGAUGGGCCACCGGGAUCAGGUCACGGCCGCAACGGACCUUAUAGUGCGCCUCAUCCACCCGCACGACCCCGCGAUGCGCCGUUCGAAGAUCGCCGCGGCUCCUCAGGUCAUGAACAAUUCUCCGCCGCAUCUGGUGUCGAUAACAGGAGACAACUUCCUCCGCAUCUCUCUGCGCCGCCGCCUCGCAAUGUUCCACCACCACGCACCGAAUCGGACGUGCCAAUUGCAUCCCCCGUGCCACUGCCAAGUUCGCUUCCCCAAACUGAGCCUCCUGCGCCCUCUGCUACCAGUCAGGCCGCGGAGUCCCCUGUUGCCGAGCAACCCACCGUUCCCGCGGUGGACGUUGAAGAAGUGCGCAAGGCUGCGAUGCACAGCGCAGCGGAGCGCGCGCGAUUGCGGCGUCAACAAGAGGAAGAAGAGCGAGAGCGAGAGAAGGAGCGCGCACGCAAGAAAGCAGCCGAGAUUGAGGAGCGAAUGAAAGCUAUGGAGCAGGAGAAAGCCCGUGAACGCGAGAAGGCCGAAGCAGAGAAGCAGAAAGCCGAUGCCCAGGUCCUCGGGAUCAUCGAGGAAGCCGUAUCCUCCUUAAAUCCACCUGAAAAGAAGGCGAACGGCCUGUCUGAAGAUCAGCGCAGUACUCCCGCGCCGCCGACUUUUGGUCGCAGCACCUCGGCCAGGGGUACAUCACGGAUACUUCCGUCUCGGAGAACAUCCUUUGGAGGAGCGGUGGCAGCUGCUUCUGGUACACCAACAGCACCCUCGCCCGCUUCAGAAGCAGACACAUGGCGUCGCAAAGGGCCAUUGCCUCCUCUUGCGCCCUCUGCGGUCAAGUCGGUCUCGCAAGAGCUACUUGCUGAGCCCGCACCACCUGUCCUACCUUCCCCUGUCCUGGCGCACACUGCAUUGGAAGUCAAGGAUGGUGAGGAGGUCGACGUAGUGGACUAUGCGGACUUUGGCAAGCUCGUCGGCUCCGAGGAGCGAUCGCAACCACCUGUCGUUGGUCCUACCGCCCGCCCGCCCAGAGCUGUGGCAGCGGACUUCUUCACAGAAGAACCGGUGGACAACCACCGGCCGCAACCGCCUUCGUCGAAGGCCGAUGAGGGUCCAUGGAGGCGACGGCCGUCUUUCGGUAAUGGUCCGCCGCCACAUGUCGAGAAGCCUCCCUUCGGGGACAGUAUGAGAGACCCUGCUCAUGUUACACACGAGCCCCAUCAACCUAUCGAGCAUGCAGGCACAACGUCUGUCGCACCCGGUCCAGCCUCUCACGAGGAACACCACCGUCGUCUGUCGGGGCAGCAUCAGAAUGGGAAUAACAAGCUGGCACUGGGCCCUCAUUAUCGCGAAGCCCCAAUGUCGACCCUGAAUGAUGUGAUGGCACGUAUCAAGGGCGCAAUCGACGGGAUGCACCACGACGAAGAAGCUCCCAAUGAGGCCUCGAAGGAGAUUCCCAGAGAAGCUCCCAAGCCUACGAAGUGGCUUCCACCCGCGCUGCGACCAAGGACGGCUAUUUCCGAGCUCCCUCGCCCUAGUGAGACCUUCGACGUGACCUCCACCGAGCCACCGAAAUCCCCGAAGAAGGCAUGGAACAUCUACACUGUCAAGCUUGCUGCGGUCUCCCGCCCUGUCGCUCCAGAACCGACAACGGAGCUCGUAUGGCCUCGCAACGCGCCGCGGUACCUCAGGUUGGACGUCUACUCUUGGAAUCCUCCUAUCGACUCCCGUUAUCGGCGCGGGUCUACGGUCAACGACGUGAUCUUUGGCGGCCCGCACUACUUCAAAGGCCAGCCCAAGUACGACGUAUUGUUGCCACGACAGACGAUCACGCGCCGCGAACAAUCCCAUGCUAUCGAGAAGACACCAGCGUCGCCUGUGGUGAAUCUGCCGACGACCCCGCCACGAAUGCGUAGUACGAUCACGAAGGAGACUGCAGGACCGAACUGGCGCAAGGCCCCUAUAUCGCCUUUGGCAUCGUGGCGGCCGCUGCCCAAGGACACGACACAGGAUGUAGGCCUCGACACCGUGAGCCGAUCUCCGCCUCCUGAGACUCCGUCUGCAAAGCAGCCUCCUCUUCCGCCUGCAGAUGCUGCCGUACCCUCCGCGGUGUCGUCGACGAGCGCAUCUGCAAAGAUGCCUGUUGGCUCCAAUGUCGGAUUCUAUCGCACGGCGGCUGAGCCUCAGGCGCAAGUGCAAUUCAUUGUCACAAGCGAGUUGGACGGUGACGCGAAAGCCGAGAACGUGACACCGGAACCGAAGAUCGCGAUAGGAGAGACACAGCCCGCUCUGCAGCUUGAGACAAAGGUGGACGGCGCCGCUUCCAUCGCUGUGAACGGCCUACCCACUCCGCCCCAACAGGCGCCGAGUUUAGCUUCGCAAUGGUCCAAGUCGCCCAAAGUUUUCGGACUGAAAGAAUCCCCGUCACGAGCACCCGAUCCGGAGCAUUUGAAGGCUGUCUGGUCGCAGACAUCCGACAAGGCACAGAACCAGCCAAUCAAUUCGCUCAAGGGCAUCGCGGACGACCUCACCGGGGUCCCGUUCUCGUUACAAGAUGUCAAGCCGGACGAUAGCGAGACUCCACCGUCAUCAGUUGCUGGCGCUUGGACAAGGUCGAAGAUGUCUUCUUACGACGUCACACGUGCCUUCCAGCAGGUGCCUUCAUCGUCUGCCAGCUCAUCUCAACCACGACCUGCUCCUAUCGCUCCCACCGUUAGCACUUCGUCAUCAACAAAUGGCUCCGCACCACGGUACCCCGGCUUCGCCUUCUCUCCUCCGCCCGUCGGUCAACCCAGCUUCCAUCCUCCUUCAGCCUACCCCGCAUACUCGCCCAUGAUGAGUCACGCUGCAAGCCCAACAGUAGUAUACUCCCAUCCAAGCCCAGUGCCAAGACCAAUGGUCGUCAAUGGUCAAGCUCCUCCUAACUAUGGACAGCCAGUUUGGAUGCCGUCUAUGGCUAGUCCCGCCCCACCGUCGUCCAGAGUGAUGCGUUCGCCAUAUCCCGCUCAGCUUGUCCCCUACCCUUCCCCAGGGGGUACUAUGCCCGGGUAUCCGUCGCCGGUGCCCGGUAUGCAACACCACCACCCACCACCGCAACAGAACGGGGCUCAGGGCCGACCGCCAGGUAUGCCCUUGAUGAGCCCGGUCAUGCAGCACGCCAUGCCUCCGAUGUACGCCAGCAGUCCGGUGCUCGUCCACACCUCUCCACAUGCGGUCCCAGGACAAGCGUACCCUACUCCUGGCCAGCCACCCCGUGCACCUAUGCAUCAACAUCCAAAUCCCGGUACUCCUCAUAUGCACCAUCCGCAAAUGCGCCCGCCUCCGCAGAACGGAUACGCGCCUGUACCGUCAGGUUAUGUCGCCCAUGCCCCUCGUCCCACUUGGUGA